AUGGCCGACGGAAGUCCCCACGAAGCUGUAGCGGAGGUGCACCUUCUACAAGAUGCUUCUCGCCGCGACUUGAUAACAGAACUCAACGCCGCCCAGUCGCCGCUUCUUCGUCUUCCCGCUGAGAUCCGAAACGCGAUCUACACCUUCGUGUUCAGUGAUCAGGUUUACAGAUACGAUGUAUCAGGCAACAACGACUCCUCGAUCAUCUGUCGCGCUGAGUAUCCGUGUCUUGGUCUGCUUCUCGCUUCUCGACAAGUCCACCAUGAAACCGCCUUGCUUCCCUACGAGCUGGCAACCUUCGUCUUCGAAAUCAAAGAGCUAUGGAAACCUUCAGAACUACACACAUUCGCGACAAAGAGAUUGAAAGCGCAACUUGCAGCACUUGGUCUAGUGGAGGUUGUGUGGCGGAAGAGCAGACGGCGUGUGUCUGCAGCCGACUUCUUGACGGACUACGAUGACGACUUGUUGGUCGAUGGAGGACUCUGGGGUGAUUGGUUCCACAAUGUACUCUGCGCGUAG